CAAGAAGUCAGUUUCUAAUGGACUUUUGGAUCACCUAUUGGUAUGUAGUUUAAAAGACACUUUGACCUUUUAUCUUUGAGAUAUUUGUCAUUAUUCACCUGAACUUUUUUGGAUUUUUUGCUAGCCCCGCUACAACAGGACAAGCUUUAACCAAGCCAAGCGGUUCUCAAACAAAAGGCACUGUGAUCUGUUUAUUGGACCUUACUGUCCAGCCUUUGUCUUGGCCUUGAGUUUUAUUAUGUCUACACUUUAACUACAGCAGUAUAGUGAAAUACAAAUUUCCAGAACACUGGUGAACACGUUAAUAAUUACGAAUAGGUUUAUUACUGUAUUUAAUUUGUGAUUAUUCCGAUCCGUUAAUACAGUUCAGAAUUACAAUAAUCAUCAUGAAUGACUGUAAGUCUUGUUUAACUGUCGAUGAUGCUUUCGCAUGUAUACUCGAAACGAAAAUGUCACAAAUAAAGCUUCUCAAUCAUGGAGACCUAGCGAAGAUUAACCACAACGAAUUAGUACAUGAAAUACGUUCAUCAAUGGCAGCACUACUUCCCGGGGAUUCGGACAAAACAGAGAUCAUGAAUCAUGCAUUGAUAAUUCAAAGCAAAGUGAAGAACUUUAUUAGUAGUUCUCUUUCUUUAAUACUAAGCAACAUUCCUGCUAGCCAACAGCAAGGAACAUCACUUUCUUCUAUUUCUGCAACUAGAAUUAAGUGUACGGCAACCUGUAAAUUCGAACACUUAGAAAAGGGAAAGUCUUUAGAAUGUAGUUUGUGCCAAGAAGGGUAUCACAGAUUGUGCGUUGAUCUCAGUACAAAGGCCAAUCCUAGAGUUUGGAUUUGCCCUUCUUGUAAGGAUAUUCCUAAAAACUUUAACAAACUAAAUGGGAAAACAUCGCAGCUAGAGGAAGAAGUCACAAAUUUGAGGAAGUUAAAUCACUCACUUUCGCUACAAAUUAAGGAACAAAAUGAUAUAAUUGUUCGACUACAAUCAUCUUGGAACAAUCAUUUAUGUAAUAGUACGAGUGGUACGAAUAACAAUGAAAAUACACAAUGCACAACAUCGACCAACUUACCAAAGGGGCCGCUAUCAGUUUCGGAUAAGCCGAUUACGCCGCACACAAAUUUGGAUAAUCCAGUAUCGCCAAGUAAUUACACUACCCUACUGAUUGGCGACUCUAUUGUUCGGGACAUAAGAGAGAAAGGUCUACAAGGAACCAAGGUAAUCUGUAUGCGUGGAGCUAAAACGCUGGACGUACUUAACAAACUUAAAAACGUCGAAGAUUUUAGCACAAUUAUUAUACAUGUUGGUACUAAUGAUUGCAACAAUAAUGAUCAAAUGGAACUAGGAAUUAAUCAUUAUAACGAAAUGAUUAACAGUCUUAGGUGCCGAAUCCCAGAAGCAAAUCUAGUUUUAUCUACAGUAUGUCCCCGUGUAGACAACCCUGAGCAUCAAAAACGUGUUGAAACGUUCAAUAUGAACAUAAUGAAUCUCGUUAAUUCAACGGAGAACUGUAAACUUCUCGACAACGACGAAGCAUUCACACUUCGCAAUGGGAACAUAGUGGAGAGGAGCCUGAAUGGAGGAGGUCUGCAUCUUUCAAAAGAAGGAACCCGUGCCUUACUACACAAUAUAAAUGUGAUUCACACUAUCAUUCCUUCACAUUCAUCGAAUAGAAAUACGCGUAGACCGCUUCAUUCAAGAAAUCAACAUCAUAGGGCCAGAGCAUAUUCAGCCACAUCGUUUGAACGCGCUUCAUCUUAGCAAACAUAUGAUCACGCAUCUUAAACCUUUGAUACACCUUUUGAGUAUAGGUACACAGAGCGUCGCAAGGCAAAUAGGUCUUACUUUUUCCGGGGUCGCCGUAGUCAUACUGCGUCGUCUUUACGAUGCUCUAAAUGCGGUUUAACAAAUCAUGCAACAAGGGACUGUUAUCAUAAUCAACCUGUUCGAUGUAACGUAUGUCGUAAAUAUGGACAUAAAGCUUACCUUUGUCGCGCCGAAGAUCAUCAACAAAGUGGGAGAAUUGAUCCACACUCAAACAUACACAGUACAUAGGACAACGGCAACAGUAUUGUGAACACUAGCAAUGUCUUUACUUUAUUACGAGAUGAAAUGAAAGAUAUAGUUUAUUCAGACAUUGACGUCCCCAAUCAGAAUUCAGAAAUAACUGUAACACAUUCUCAUGGGCCAGCGAUAAGUAAUAUUAACCAACGAAGGGGAAAAAAGCGCCAUAGACGA